CGUGUGAGGAAAUCACAUUGACCACACUGUCGGUCUGACUUCUAUCUCUUUCUUCGCUGAUAAAGAACCACAGCUGUUUCAGUGACCUCACAAAUCGCCGCCGGAAUCCAAAAAAAUGAGGAAGGACGGUUCGCCGGCCACCGCCUCCGGCAACCCAGUCGGCAAGCUAUUCCUCUGCUUCGAAAACAAGCCCUUAGUCGCCACAUUGCUCGCCGUAACACUCGUCAUGGUCAUCUGGAAUCUUCAACCUUACUAUGACAACAUCCUUUCCUCCACCAGCCGCUGCGCCGCCGCCACCACCACCGUCGUCCUAAACGCCACUGCCGCUACUUCCUUGCCUAUUACAGCCACCGCCUUGGCUGAGAAAAAGCUCCUAACCCCCAUAACCACCGACCCCAACAAGCGCCUCUUCCGCACCUACGGCAACGCCGCCGCUCUCUUUGUCCAAAUGGGCGCCUAUCGCGGCGGUCCCCGUACUUUCUCCGUCGUGGGUCUCGCCUCAAAACCCAUUCACGUCUAUGGCCGUCCGUGGUACAAAUGUGAGUGGAUCUCCAACAACGGGACUUCAAUCAAAGCCAAGGCCUUCAAAAUGCUUCCCGAUUGGGGCUAUGGACGUGUUUACACUGUCGUCGUCGUCAACUGUACCUUCGCCGUGAACCCGAACGAGGACAAUUCUGGCGGGAAGCUCAUUCUGUACGCCUACUACGGCGAGUCGCCGAAGAGAUACGAGAAGAUCACAGCGUUGGAGGAAGCACCCAACACGUAUAACGAGUCCAAGUACCACCCACCAUAUCAGUACGAGUACAUGUACUGUGGGUCGUCCUUGUAUGGGAAUCUGAGCGCUGCGAGAAUCAGGGAAUGGAUUGCGUACCACGCCUGGUUCUUCGGACCCAGUUCGCAUUUCGUGUUCCACGACGCCGGAGGAGUCUCGCCGGAGGUGAUGGCGGUUCUCGAGCCGUGGGUCAGAGCUGGGAGGGUUACGGUUCAGGACAUCCGAGGCCAGGCGGAGUUCGAUGGCUACUACUACAACCAGUUCCUGGUGGUGAACGAUUGCCUCCACCGCUACCGACACGCCGCCAAUUGGACAUUCUACUUCGAUGUGGAUGAAUAUAUAUUCCUUCCAGAUGGGAACACUCUUGAGUCGGUUCUAAACGAGUUCUCAAAUGUGACUCAGUUCACAAUUGAGCAAAAUGCCAUGUCCAGUGUGCUCUGCCUCAACGAUUCCACUCAGGACUAUCCGAGGCAAUGGGGGUUUGAGAAGCUGCUGUUCAGGGACUCCCGUACGAAGAUCCGGCGAGAUCGGAAAUACGCAAUUCAGGCGAAGAACGCAUUCGCGACGGGGGUGCACAUGUCGGAGAAUGUGGUCGGCGGUACAUUGCACAAGACGGAGACGAAGAUCAGAUACUACCAUUACCACAACUCCAUCACUGUCCACACUGAACUUUGCCGCCAAUUCGUGCCAAAGGAGGGUGUGACCUGGUUAGAUAAGCUCCCUUUUGUGUACGAUGACAACAUGAAGAAGAUCGCCAAAACAAUCAAGCAAUUCGAGCUCAAUACAAUUGGAUCCACCGCCGUACAUGUUCAUUCUUAACAGUAAAUCUUCAAUUCUCUUUUCUUUAUACUUUUUCUUUUUCAAGGAAAGUUACUAUUACCACCACUCAUGAAGAAGAGGAGGAGAGAGAGAGAGAGAGAGAGAGAGAGAGAGUGAGUGAGUGAGUACGGAUUGCUGGUUGCUGAAGGGUCACUCUUCCACCACCUCCUCGCCGGGCUCUGACCCACCGACGGACCCCAGUAAUCUUUGGCAUUAGUGGUGGGAGAGAGUAAUUAAUGAUGGAUUAAAAAUGAGGUGGGCAGUGUUACUUUUGUUUGUCUUUGUAAAGAUGACUGUUGUAUUGUUUGUUACUUCGUUUUAUUCCUUUCUUUUUCUUUUUUUUUUUCUUCUAUUAUUUAUAUAUAUUGAAUUAAGUUUAAGUAUAAAUAUAGUUUACAAUGUGAAGAUGGAAAUUCUAUAAAAUUUAUAUUUUUCUUGAUUUA